AUUCAUGGGUGUCUGCAGUGGCAAAACUUCAAAUAAAUAUUAAUAGAAUAAUCGUAGCUCGAACUUACUAUAGUCAUAAACUGUUUAAUUAAAUUAAUAAAAAUAAAACUUGAUUGAAAAUUAACAUGCUGCUACUUUACCUCCAGCUGCUACUUACCCAUAACAAGAGCCAGCUAAAUAAAUAAAUCUAUAACAAAAUCCUGUAAAACCUGAGGAAAGAUAGCAAGAAAUGAUUGUAUAAAAUUUUGACGAAGAUUUAUACAUUAAUGAUAUCAUGAAAUAGUUUGAUGAUUUAAAUAAUCUAUUUAAUCAAGUAGGACUAUUUUAUUUAUUUUUAUAGAUGGCAUCAGAAUUUGAUUCAAUAUCAUAGUAUUUGUUAUCAAUGUCUGGAAAUCAAGGAAAUCCCCCAUGAAAAUUUUUGAUUAUUAAAUAAUAUUUUUUAUAAUAAACCUUAG